GGGAGAGAGAGAGUGUGAGAGAUAGAAAUAGAAAGGGAAGAGCGUGAGAGGAGAGAGAGAGAGAAAGAAACACCAGUCCAGCCUGAUUUCACGCACACAGCAUCCAAAUGGGAGCGGACAACAAACACAAGCCACCAUCCCCAGCCAGCCAAGAGCAGCCAGCGAAGGGCCAAGGAGAAGGCCAGGACAAAAAAGCCGACCAUAAAAAGCAGAAAAAAGAGAAGAAAGUCGCCAAGGCCGGACAGCAGGACGAUGCGCACACUUGCUGCGGCUGCCGCUUCCCUCUUUUGGUGGCCCUGCUCCAGCUGACCCUCGGCGUGUCCGUCGCCACGGUGGCCUUCAUCAUGGCAGCCAACUGCUCCUCAUUACUAGUCAGAGACACCCCACACUGGGCCGGGAUUAUUGUCAGUGUGGUGGCCAUUUUAGGCUUGAUAUUGCUCUGCCUCCCAUAUCAGCCAGAUGAGAAGACAUCCGGGCAGUUUGCCUUAAAGCUCUUGUAUUUCCUUCUGUGUGCCCUUGGAAUUAUCAUCUGUGUUCUAGCCGUGGCCUUUGCAGCUCACCAUUACACCCACAUCACAAAAUAUUCCUGCAAGAUGGCAGAAGACUCCUGCCAGUGCACAUUGGACCCUUCCGACCCACUAAGCCGCACUUUUCUUUACCAGACUGUGGCCGACUGCGACACGGUCACCAGCACUAUCAAGCUCUUCGUCCUGCUGCAAAUCACACUGAACUUACUGCUGUCCCUUGUCUGCCUAGCCGCUUGCUUUGUCAUGUGGAAGGAUCGUUACCAGGUGUUCUACGCAGGCACCUGGUUUCAAGGCUCUGCCACCAAUGAAACCCCACAACAAAAAGUAUAGCAUCUUGUACAUAGGACUUAAGAACUCUAUAAACUCACCUUCCUGCAAGAAAAGAGAUCGCGUUGUAUUUAUACAAGAAAUGAGAUUACAGCAGGCAGUGCAUAUAGACUGGGGUCCCAAUAUAGAAGAGAGGACCCAUUCAAACGUAUUAUUAUAAUAAUAUUCCUCCAUUUUCUGUGA